ACAGUAAUCAUCAUAUCCAUUCAACGUCUUUGUUAACUGACUAGAAACAACGCGUCUCGGUCGUCGACGAUGCACAGCCACUCGUUCGUGUUGGCAAUGCGGUAAAACGGUUGGUGGUGCUCGUCCAGGACCAUCGCAUCGGUGGCGACUUCGACAUGCGGGCGUACCGCGAGGGCGGGCAUGACGGCGCUGUCGCGAGUGGACGGCCACUUUCGCCUGGGCAGCGCUCUCGACGUGACAAAUACUCGUCGUUGCAGCGUCAUUUUGACUUGGUCCAUCGUGCGCUGCUGUGCGACUGCCACGUCACGGUCCCUUCCAACGUGGACUUCUUGGGGCACAAACACUUGCAGCGCAGGCAGCCCCAGCAACCGCCCAGACACCUCAACAUAUGCGACAUCGUCCUCGCCCCGGACGAGUCGACUGCCGAGGACGAGCGCGUUGGCCGGCAGCACCGGAUCCACCCCCGCCAUCCGGAGCACCACAUCGUGGGUGUUGGGCGUCCAGCAGACUGCGACUGGCGUGCGCAUGCGAUACAGUACGUCACCCGAGUGCACGACGUGGUGGAGCUCGACGGUGGCGGGCCGGCCAAGCUUGCGCGAGUCGGGCACUUUGAGGAACGGUUCGCAAAACGCAUAUCGACCCGAGAGUUCGCAUGCGCUGCACAAGUCAAAGUCGAACGCGACGCUAGAUUUGAACCGCGUGCCGCGGAUGGGAAACUGAAAGCAGCCGUCGCAAGUAACGGACGUGUGGCAGAUCGUGUACGAAGGAGCGUUGGAAGAAGCCCGGGGCUCUGGCAUGGGCUGCUGGCUGGGUAAUGCCAAGGAAUUGAUAACAGGCCACGCUGCGGGAACGACGGGGGUCGAUGGUCGGCCGAGGAGCCGCGAGUCGAGGACCUUGAAGAAUGGUUCCUGCGCGACAUACAAGCCCGACGCUUCGCAGGCGCCGCACACGUCGAAGUUCUUGGCGGUGUGGGACUUGUAACGAGGUCCGACGAUCGGAUGCAUGCCGCAGCCGUCGCACGUGAUGGUGUCGUGGGAAACUAUCGAGACGGGCGACACGAGUGAGCGCGAGGACGCCGCCUUGGGCCACACUUCGUCAAUCGCUUUCUUGAGCGUAUGGUUGGGAAGCAACGCCGUGUUGUCCAAGACGGCGUUGGUCACGGGGCUCGUGUGGCGUGUGCGAAACCAGUGCUGGAUGCUUGUGCGGUCGUACGUGUGCCCGUCGCAGGCCACGACCGGCUCCACGAGAAUGUCCUGGGUAAUGGGUCCCAUGAACGACACGAGAUCGACCGUCACGCCAUGGUCGUCAACUUCCAAGAUCGCAGAUUUGAGCGCAUGGUUCGGCAAUAGCGUUGUUGAUUGCAAGGGUAGUAAUGUGAUAGGACUCGUGCUUUGCACUUCAAGCCACGCCUCCAUGUAGCGACGGUCGUAUGAGAACCCAUCGGUCGCCACGACUGGAUCGUCCAUGCGCUUACCACCGAUAGGGCAAGUGAAUGCGGUGAGGGUAGUUGUCGUGGACUGCGGCGGUGGUGCCGACAUCUCUUCCAUCUUCUUGGCGAUCUUUUUGCUUGAAC